CUGGUCAUUUUGUUGUUAUUGUUGUUUUUCUGCGCAUAAAUAUUUUAGGACGUGUUCGGGAAUUUUGCCUCCGGGACCGUUUGUAAUAGCCAAAGACUGAACUUCAACUCUGAAAGCGAGGCUUCUUUGGGCAUCCGUCUUGGGAUUCUGGUUGCCCACUCUUUGAUGCACUAAUCGGCCAGUUGUUAGCCCUGUUUGGGUGAGGCCGAUCCGACUAACUAGAACUCAGUCCGGGACUCUUGGUAAUUUAGUCUCCCUCCUCCCCCACCACCCUCCGGUAGUAAUAAAGGUUCCUGAACUUGUAUGUUGAUCUCCCGGGAGCUACUUGAAGAAGAUCCGAUCCCGUGUUGCCGCCUAGUAGGAGCUGUUUUCAGGGUCCUUACUCAAUCGGCUUGUUGUGAUGCGUAUCCCCGUAGAUGCCAGCACGAGCCGCCGCUUCACGCCGCCUUCCACCGCGCUGAGCCCCGGCAAGAUGAGCGAGGCGCUGCCGCUGGGCGCCCCGGAUGGCGGCGCCGCCCUGGCCAGCAAACUGAGGAGCGGCGACCGCAGCAUGGUAGAGGUACUAGCUGACCACCCGGGAGAGCUGGUGCGCACCGACAGCCCCAACUUCCUCUGUUCCGUGCUACCCACUCACUGGCGCUGCAACAAGACCCUGCCCAUCGCUUUCAAGGUAGUAGCGCUGGGGGAUGUUCCGGAUGGCACUCUGGUCACCGUCAUGGCAGGCAACGAUGAAAACUACUCGGCGGAGCUGAGAAAUGCUACGGCAGCCAUGAAGAACCAAGUGGCAAGAUUCAACGACCUCCGGUUUGUUGGUCGGAGUGGUAGAGGCAAGAGCUUCACCCUGACCAUCACUGUCUUCACAAACCCACCACAAGUCGCUACUUACCACAGAGCCAUCAAAAUCACGGUGGACGGCCCGCGAGAACCCCGAAGACAUCGGCAGAAACUAGAUGAGACCAAGCCCGGGAGUUUGUCCUUUUCCGAGAGGCUCAGUGAACUGGAGCAGCUGCGGCGCACGGCCAUGAGGGUCAGCCCGCACCACCCAGCCCCCACGCCCAACCCUCGGGCCUCCUUGAACCACUCCACUGCCUUUAACCCGCAGCCUCAGAGUCAGAUGCAGGAUGCAAGGCAGAUCCAGCCAUCCCCACCGUGGUCCUAUGAUCAGUCUUACCAGUACCUGGGAUCCAUCACCUCCUCUUCUGUGCACCCGGCAACGCCCAUCUCACCUGGCCGUGCCAGUGGCAUGACAAGCCUCUCUGCGGAACUCUCCAGUCGACUUUCAACGGCCCCGGACCUGACAGCCUUCGGCGACCCACGCCAGUUCCCCACGCUGCCUUCCAUCUCCGACCCGCGCAUGCACUACCCUGGCGCCUUCACCUAUUCGCCGCCUGUCACGUCGGGCAUCGGCAUCGGCAUGUCAGCCAUGAGCUCUGCCUCUCGCUACCACACCUACUUGCCGCCGCCCUACCCAGGCUCGUCGCAGGCCCAGGCCGGGCCCUUCCAGACCAGCUCGCCCUCCUACCACCUGUACUACGGCACCUCCGCCGGCUCCUACCAGUUCUCCAUGGUGGGCGGCGAGCGCUCGCCCCCGCGCAUCCUGCCGCCCUGCACCAACGCGUCCACGGGCGCCGCGCUGCUCAACCCCAGCCUCCCCAGCCAGAGCGACGUGGUGGAGACCGAGGGCAGCCACAGCAACUCGCCCACCAACAUGCCACCCGCGCGCCUGGAGGAGGCGGUGUGGCGGCCCUACUGAGCGCCUUCGAGGGACUGAGCCCAGCUGCACCUGCCGUCCACACACAGACCCCCGCCAGGAGGGCCCUUGGAGGCCAACAGGAAGAUUCCCGGAGGGAAACUGUGAAUGCUUCUGAUUUAGCAAUGCUGUGAAUAAAAAGAAAGAUUUUAUACCCUUGACUUCACUUUUUAACCACGUUGUUUAUUCCAAAAAGUGUGGAAUUUUUUUGGUUCGGGGCGGGGAAGACAUAGCUCAUCCAGUUUGGCAAUUAUUUCUUAUUUCGGAGUUACUUUUCCGCACCUUAUCAAUUGCAAAAAAUGUGUGUUUGCAACUGGGUGGUCGUUAUUUUUAAAUAUGUAUAGAUCUGUGCUUGCUACUCUCUUCCUUUGACCAACUGAAAGAAAUACGGUUCCCUUCUCUACGUUUUAUUUAACUUUUGGACUUUCUUGUAGCUGGGAUUUUGGGCUGUUUUUCUUGUUUUUUGUUUGUUUUGUCUUUUUUUUUUUUUAAAGAUACAGCUACAACUUUGGGUCAUUUUUUAACUACUGUAUUUCCACAAAGAAAUCCCUAGAUAUUUAUGUAUCUCGAUGUUUGAACAUUUGCAUAUGUGUUGAUACUUUU